AACACUGCACGGUUCGGCAGCAGCAGCAGGAGUAGGGACGGCGGAGGCGUCUGUGGUUUGGGGUGCUUCCUGCGUGUUGUGUUGGUGAACUACAGGAGUUGUCUCGGGUCUUCAGUCCCAAGUUCGACGGCCUGCUGGGAAGAAGAUCUGCUGUAAUUGCUUUCUCAAUGAAGGCUCACCAGCAGCAGCAGCUCCCUGGAGACUUGGCGGACAGUCUCCAUGAAUCGGCCGCUCCUCGGCUUUAAACGCCCGCUUUGCUCUUCUCCUGUGGUACAAACAAGCUGCCAGUAGAAGGGGACUGUCGGAGCAUCCUAUCACCGUAUCGGAGAUCAAAGAACGGCUACGGAGAUUGGUGCCGAUCUGUCCGAGUUCCUGGGAGUUUCGUUAUCUUGGAGAAGUUUAACGCGGAUUUCAGCAUGAGCGAGCUGGAGGAUGACUUUGCCAAGAUCCUGCUGCUAAAGGAGGAGAGGAUACGGGACUUGGAGCGGCGGCUGGCGGACCGAGAGGACGAGAUCCAUGAGCUGAAGAGGAAACUGCACAAAUGCCAGUCCGUCCUGCCGAGCGCGCAACUUAUCGGUCCCCGGACCCGCAGGGCGCAGGGCAUCUCCGCUGAGCCCCAGACGCACCAGGACCUGUCUAGGCAGACGUUUCGGAAAUAUCCAAAAUCUGACUGGUCCAAGGAUCUGAUCAAAGAAGCCAUCUUGGACAAUGACUUCAUGAAGAACCUGGAGCUGUCUCAGAUCCAGGAGAUUGUGGACUGCAUGUACCCUGUGGAGUAUGGGAAGGACAGCUGCAUCAUUAAGGAAGGCGACGUGGGAUCGCUGGUGUAUGUCAUGGAAGACGGUAAGGUGGAGGUGACAAAGGAAAGCUUGAAGCUCUGCACCAUGGGGCCAGGAAAGGUGUUUGGGGAGCUGGCUAUUCUCUACAACUGCACCAGGACAGCAACUGUCAAGACCUUAACAAAUGUGAAGCUGUGGGCCAUCGACCGACAAUGCUUUCAGACGAUCAUGAUGAGGACGGGGCUCAUUAAACACACGGAGUAUAUGGAGUUUCUGAGAAGUGUCCCCACGUUUCAUGACCUACAGGAAGACAUUCUGAGCAAGCUUGCUGAUGUCCUUGAAGAGACGCAUUAUGAAGAAGGAGAGUACAUCAUCAGACAGGGGGCCAGAGGCGACACCUUCUUCAUUAUCAGCAAGGGAAAGGUUAAUGUGACCAGGGAAGACUUACCCAACGGAGAGCCUGUAUUCCUCCACAGCCAAGGGAAAGGUGACUGGUUUGGGGAGAAGGCACUGCAAGGGGAGGACAUAAGAACAGCUAAUGUCAUUGCAGCAGAGGCAGUCACCUGUCUGGUUAUCGAUCGGGAUUCAUUCAAGCACUUGAUUGGAGGUUUGGAGGAUGUUUCUAAUAAAGGCCAUGAGGACGCCGAUGCCAAAGCUAAGUAUGAAGCAGAAAAUGCAUUUUUCUUCAAUCUCAAUCUGGCUGAUUUCAACAUCAUAGACACCCUAGGGGUCGGGGGCUUCGGACGUGUUGAGCUGGUUCAGCUAAAGAGUGAUGAGAACAAGACGUUUGCCAUGAAGAUCUUGAAGAAACGACACAUUGUUGACACAAGACAACAGGAGCACAUUCGAUCUGAGAAGCUCAUUAUGCAAGAGGCUCACUCUGACUUUAUUGUCAGACUGUAUAGAACAUUCAAAGACAGCAAAUACCUCUACAUGUUGAUGGAAGCAUGUUUAGGCGGGGAACUGUGGACCAUACUUCGGGACCGGGGUUCUUUUGAGGACUCAACCACCAGGUUUUACACAGCUUGUGUAGUGGAAGCUUUUGCUUAUCUGCAUUCCAAAGGAAUCAUCUACAGAGACCUGAAACCAGAGAAUCUUAUAUUGGACCACAGGGGUUAUGCCAAACUGGUGGACUUUGGAUUUGCCAAAAAAAUUGGGUUUGGGAAGAAAACCUGGACCUUCUGUGGGACACCGGAGUACGUAGCACCGGAGAUUAUCCUGAACAAAGGCCAUGACAUUUCAGCCGACUACUGGUCUCUUGGAAUCCUGAUGUUUGAGCUCUUGACUGGCAGUCCACCUUUCUCUGGCCCUGAUCCAAUGAAAACCUACAACAUUAUCCUGAGAGGCAUCGACAUGAUUGAAUUUCCAAAGAAAAUCACCAAAAACGCUGCCAACCUAAUCAAAAAGCUAUGCAGGGAUAAUCCUUGUGAAAGACUUGGAAACUUGAAAAACGGUGUCAAAGACAUCCAAAAGCACAAAUGGUUCGAGGGCUUUAAUUGGGAAGGUCUGAGAAAGGGGACAUUGACGCCUCCUAUUAUCCCUAAUGUCACGUCAGCAGUCGACACGAGUAACUUCGACAGCUUCCCUGAGGACAACGAGGACCCGCCUCCUGACGACACCUCUGGCUGGGAUGUUGACUUUUGAAGUUCACCUCUCUCCACUUAAAACCAAAAGAAACUCUUCUUUUGUAGGCUUUUAAUGGCUUGGAAGCCAACUCGGAGGACAUAGUUUUUUGUAGAAAAAGAAACUGCAUUAAAAAUGAAAGAGAAGAUAUGGAAAUGAUGAUGGAUGGCAAACCCUCUGGGUCACCGAUAUGCCUUUAUUUCACUGUGGCUCUGGAUAAAGCAUUUAUAUUGGGACUGCAGUAGCACUUCCUCAGCGUUGUCUUAUACUCAAGUUUAUAGGUAAAGAAAGCACAGGGAUACUCAGACAUUUACACACACAUACAACAUAGCCUGAUACUAGAGCCAGGUUUUCCCCUGUAACAGGGGAAGGUGUUUAUUGGAUGUAUGAAUGUGUGACAACUUAACAAAGUUUGAAUUCUAGGGUUAACAGGAGGGUGAAAGCAGGGAAAGUUGCUCAGAAAUAGAGCAACUUUUGUCGAUUUUAUUUGCAAAGUCUGUCUCUGCAGAACUGUUCGCUGGACUUUGGGAUAGGUUAUAAUGUUACUGCAGCUGCUGCCUGGUUUGUGACACGCAGCUACUUGCAACAAUCUAUGAUACUUUCCACAGAUGUACACACUAUAGUUUCCAGUUAUCAAGUGCUCAAGACUAACUUGAAUGUCAACGAUUCUCUUCUUAUUUAGCAUACCUGCAUAACAUUAAGCUAUGUGUGGCACAUAGUGUUUGAAUAUACCAGUUACAUUGUCAUACAUGGACAUAAACGAAAUGCUUAGUACACUUCCUAUGAGUUUGAUCUACCUUGAAAAGCACAAACACUGUGCAAUCAGUGGAAAGAGUCAUGACUCUUUAAGUGCCCUGCUUAAAGCUCAAUGAAUCAAACACAUCUGCACACAUGACAGCUCAGAUUGCAUCUCCAUGAAUCAGUGUGUCAUUAUGCACUUAAGAAAAUUAACUGAACGGUUAAAAGUCUGUUUUAAACCUUAGUAGGGGUCAAAUUCUUUGUCGUCGUUUUAUUGUGCUUCAGGAUUACAUUUUGCUUUUUGUUUUUAAAGCCAUUGAAAUCCUUAUCGCCGCUCACUGAAUCCUGAUGUUCCCCGUUUGCUCUUGUACAGCUCUGAAAUAACUGUGAACCUGGUUUCAGUGUCUUUGGUGCUGUUGGUGAAUUAUGAUCAGCAAUGUUGAGAUGACAGUACUGUUUAAUGUUUUGUACUGUGAUUCUUCCGCCCUCUUUUUUUUGUGCCAGAUUACUUUGUGAUGUAAUUGAUGUCAUGCUUUAGAGAAAUUGAGACUUGUGUAAGUUUUCAGACUUGAGUGAAAAUCUUGACAUCAUGUUACAUUGUGCUAAAUGUAAUUUUGACUAAAAUGAGUCAAAUUUGACAAUCUCUCCUUACCCAAAUUUAACCAUCUCUCCCAACUAAAAUUGACCAAACUUUCUCUUCCAGCCAGCUUCGUAAUGCCUUUAAGGGCAAUUCAACAAUACUUUUGUUGGCAGUCCUGACAAAGAUGUGUAAAUGCCUUAAAAUAAAUUCUUCAUUUAUUUUAGUUUUUUUAAAAAUUACAAAAAAGUAAACUUUUAAUUUGACUUCAUUUAGUCAGUAUAAAAACCAUUAAGAGUUAGUUGUUUCUAAGACAAGUGUUUGCACUCCAGCUACCAAUGUAUUAUACAAACCUCUUUAUCCAAUGAGACAAUAGUUGGACUUCUCUACUAACAUUUCCCAAGAAUAGCGUUUCCUCUUUGCACAAUAUGUCUUGAUUGUCUAGAGUUCUGGAUCCUCUCUUAUGCCUUCUUCUCUUCCGCUUAUCCCCACUUUUUUUCUAUAAAGUUCAGGUUUGGAGGUUGUGUUAGCAGUGGAAGAUGGUGCAUUUUGUCUGGGAAUUAUUUCUGUGGUAGUUGCCACGUGCUUUGACUUAUAAAAUAUACAAAUAAAAUCUGUUUCAGUUUUCCUGCAGAGUCCACCAGAGGUCUAUUUAAGAUAUCCUGGAAUUUCAGAGUUGGUUAUGUUGUGCUCUCUAAAAAUCAAACAGGUCCACAACUUAACAUAUCUGCCACCAUGCUUUACAGUGGGUAUGAUAUGUUUUUCUUCAUAUUCAUUUCUUGUUUCACACUAAACCCAUUCAAAAUGUUUGUUCAUGUAACACUGAAUCUUAAAGUUCAAGAAAAUAUUACCCAAGGUCCCAAAUAUGGGGCUUUUUGUAGCAAUUCACUAGCAGGUGAACUUUAUCUCUUUCAUCUAUCUGCUUACUCUUUACUGUGGCAAUGUGGACCAGGGACCCUCAUGUUCUCUAGUGGGUUUGUGUACUAUAUUUUUCCACACAAGAAGUUAUGGUUUAUGAAUUACAAGGUUGUAUAUAUCAUGAUCAACUGAAAAAAUAGAAGUAUGAGUUUAUUUUUUUAAGUUAUAUUUAUCUUUUCUUUUAAAAGACUUUUAGUAUUACAGACAUCUGUGCCUACUGUCAUUUCUUCAAAAGCAAGUACUUCCUAGCAUGGUCUUCCCACCGAUCAAAUUAAAAGUUACAUUUUUUGCAAUUUUUAUAUUGUAAAAUUAUGCUACUGUGAUAGAAAAUACAUAUAUUUCAUGGCUUUUUACACAUCUUUUUCAAAUAUGUGAACAAACCCAUUCAUAUUUGUUCUGGAAACUAAUUGAAAAGAAGGAAAAAAAAUCAUUUUAUCAACACACAGCUGUCACAAUCCCUCAUUAUCCACCCGACAAACUUCACCGCUCCACACUAAGAAAGCAACUGAAUUUAAAGUCAAACAGAUUGUAAGUGCCUUAAGUCAAUGGCAUACGAAAUAAACAUUACAUGACCUUUGCAAUGCUGCAUGAACACAUAUACACCUCAGAAACAUAUGUCCUCUUAGACUGCUAUGUUUCACCCUUUGUUAUAAAAAAACCCCCCACUUAAUACCCAAGGAGAAAAUCUAAUUGUUUUAAUGCUUACAGUUGAUAAAUGAAAGACGUUUCCUGUUUAUGAUAAUUAAUUUCUUUUAUGAAGACAUUAAUUUAAAAAAAAAUUACUUGACUUGGCUGCAAUGACAUGCUUUUCUCUUCUUAUCUUCUGUGAUCUGAAGAAAUCAAUCACUUAUGGCCUGAUAUGAAACACCAGUGAGCAUUAAUCAUAAUUCUGAAGGUCCACCCAUCACUUGUUACAGCCAUGAAAUCUUAACAAUCGGAGAAAGCAAGAAUGACUUGCAGUUUUCAAUGUAUAACACACAAUUUCAACCUACAGUGUGUUGUUUAUUAGAACUGAAAUAUCUGGCUUUCCUAAUAAAAGUCAAGGUCAUUUAAAUCAUUUCUUGGGUGAUGAAAAAGAAUGGGAAUGUUAUUUGUGUAAAUAAAGAUUUUAUGUAUGCUUUUGUUUAUGUUUAUCACAAAGCCUUAUGUUUGUCCUCUCUCCAAUCGCAAGGCGUUUUAUUUUUAUCCUCAAAUGCCUUCUAUCAGCCCUGUUAUUUUUUCCUGUCAUUUACCUUUGCAGAGUGCCACGUUUCAGAUUUUUAAAAAAAUAUAUAUAGA